AUGCGCGCCGCGAGCUAUCAAGUGUCAGCAAUGCCGAUCGAUCAGCAGAUAAUUUUAUUGAUUACAGCUGGCGCGAGGGCUGGAGGAGGAAGGAGGUAUCCGGUGAUCGUGUUCGUGCACGGGGAAAGCUACGAAUGGAGCAGCGGCAACCCUUACGACGGAAGUGUGCUGGCGAGCUACGGGGGUGUCGUCGUCGUCACCAUAAACUACAGACUCGGCAUUUUAGGCUUUCUAAACGCCAACACGGAUUCGCACUUACGCUCGCCAGCGAAUUACGGGCUGAUGGACCAGAUCGCGGCGCUACACUGGGUGCAGGAGAAUAUCGGAUACUUCGGCGGCGAUCCAGGAAACGUGACGUUAAUCGGUCAUGGGACUGGUGCAGCCUGUGUCAACUUCCUAAUGACCAGCCAUGCGGUUCCCGACG